AUGUCAACACUCCUGGGGCUCUUGGAGCGGGCGGCUCAGAAUGCCGCCAAUAAGCGCCUCUUCUUCUACGAUGAGCAUGACUCCAAAAGCUCGAUCACAUACUCCAGUCUGUUGAUCAAAGCCAGAGAAAACGCCAAUAUCCUUCGCAGCAGCGGUACCAUCAUUGAGGGCCAAGUUGUCUUGCUUCACUUGGAAUGCCACGCCGACUAUCUCAUUUGGUUCUGGUCGGUCCUGGUAGCCAAGGCUGUGCCCGCGGUCUCCACUCCGCUUCCCAUUGACAGGGUGGCUUGCGAGCAUCACUUGCAACAUCUAGCCAACCUACUUCGGAAUCCUCUUGUCUUGACUACAGAGUCUCUUGCCCACCAACUUUCUGCUGCUAGUGGAUUCAAGCUCGUGCUUGUCGAAAGUCUUCGGCCUGUUCAAGAGCUUGCAUUCAAGGGCGGGUCGGAGGCUGUAAGGGAGCCUGUUUCCAAUGGUCCAGAUCUGGCAUUUCUUAUGCUCACCAGCGGGAGCACAGGGAACGCCAAAGCUGUAGAGCUGCGACAUUCUCAAGUCAUCAGUGCUGUUACAGGGAAGGCUCGGCUGAACGUAACCUCGGAGACCGACGUCUUUCUCAACUGGAUAGGAUUCGAUCACGUUGCCUGUGUAACGGAAAUGCACAUCCAUGCCAUGGCUGUAUGUGCUUCACAAGUCCACGUCGCGGCCAAACUAGUCUUGCAAGACCCGCUGAGCUGGCUCGAGAUAAUGGCUGCCCAUUCUGUCACUUACUCAUUUGCCCCCAACUUCUUCCUUGCCUCGGUGUGCAAGGCAUUAGAAGCUAGGACGGCCACACCGCGAAUUGACCUGUCGAGGCUCCGCAUUAUCGUUUCAGGGGGCGAGGCGAACACCGUCUCGACCGGUGUGUCCUUCAACCAACUAUUGCGAUCCAUGGGAGCAGCCGACCAUGUCCUACAACCCGCCUUUGGCAUGUCGGAGACGUGUGCUGGGUCUAUCUACAACAAAGACUUCCCUAACUUGGAGAGAAGGUCCAACAUGGAGGACUUUUGCUCCGUGGGGCGUGAAAUCCACACCAUGAAGAUGCGUAUUACCGAUAGCGAUGGGUCCAUGUGCUCGAAUGGUCAGCAGGGUAACUUGGAACUUAAAGGCCCGGCCUUGUUCAGUGGGUAUUAUAACGAUGCGAAGAACACGAGCACGGCUUUCACUGCGGAUGGCUGGUUCAAGACGGGCGACACGGGCUAUUUUACCCAGGGCGGGAAUCUGGUUUUAUGCGGCCGGACCAAGGACUCCAUCAUCAUCAACGGUGUCAAGUACUUCUCGCACGAGCUCGAGUCCGCCAUCGAGGAGGCUGCAGAGGAUUUGAUUGUGCAUUCGUACACUACGGCUUUCUCUACCUGGCCCAAGGGGAGCGAUGGCGAGGAGGUCGUCGUUACGUUCGUGGGCUCGGACAGAAUAACGGACGACGAUGAUGAUGUACUGGCAUCCGCGUUCAACAGGAUAAUCACAGCCACGCUUCUCUACUGCUCUAAAACCCCCCUUCACAUCGUGCCAAUACCAGCUGAGCGGUUACAGAAGUCCUCUCUUGGAAAAGUGUCUCGUUCUGGGCUCAAGACUGCGUACGAAGCGGGCAAGCUCGACGAAUCGGGCCGGUCUUCGGCAUCGCCAAUUUGGUUCAUCCAUCCUGGACUCGGCGAGGUCCUUGUAUUUCUGAAUAUCAGCAAGUACUUCUCAGAUCGUCAAGUAUACGCCCUUCGAGCGCCUGGCUUCAACCCCGGAGAGAAGGUAUUUGAAUCCAUUGACGAGAUGACAACUAUUUACAUGCACGCCAUCCAACGUAAGCAACCGAGCGGACCGUAUGUACUGAUCGGCUAUUCAUUCGGCUCGAUGAUUGCCUUCGAGAUAGCCAAGAAACUUGAAGCCGCUGGGAACGAAGUCGGGUUCGUGGGGAGUCUGAACGGACCACCACAUAUAGCCUGGCGGCUACAACAGAUCGACUGGGGAGAGCUGCUCCUCAACUUGAUUUAUUUCCUUGGUUUCAUCACCGAGGAGGAGGCGCAUGAACGCACCGCCGAGUCUAAGAAGUACAAGAGAGAAGAGGCACUCAGCAAGGUCAUGAAAAUGGCCCCGCCCGCGAAGCUGAAGGAACUGGAUCUGACGCAAACCAAGCUCGCGCGCUGGGCCGAUAUCUCCAGUGCACUCCAGGGCCUCGCGCACGACUACCGCCCCGUCGGCUCCGUCGCGUGCAUCGACGUCUUCUACGCACAUCCGCUGGUGGCCGUAGGCAGGGACAAGGAGGCGUGGCGAGAAAAGCAUCUAUCGCCGUGGCAGGAUUUCUCGAGGGGCGAGGUGAGGUUCCAUAACAGUCCUGGCGCCCACUAUACCAUGUUGGGACCAGAGCAGGCUUUUGACAUGCACAAGAUUCUUAGGUCGGCUAUACGGGCGCGAGGCGUUAUUUGA